GCGUUAUGUGGACGUUUUAUUUUGAAAUGCUAAGCCGGGGUUGCGGGUUUUCUUUAACGUUAGCUUGCCAUUGCUGCGAGGGAGCAGGCGGAGAGGAACGGCAUCUAAAAACCGACUUGGAAAAACUACUUAGCGAGCUCCUGUCUUGGCCUUGAGGGGGCACCAGCAUGAAACAGGAGUCACCAGAGUCUGAUGGAGACUCCGCUCAGGAUGUCUCCGACUUCAGUUGGGAUGACUACCUGGAGGAGACUGGAUCCAUGUCUGUGCCCCAUCACGCUUUCAAACACGUGGACCAGGGCUUGCAGACUGGGCUUACUCCAGGCAUGAAGCUGGAGGUGUGUGUACGCACAGAGGCCGACAGUCCUUACUGGGUGGCCAGUAUCAUCACCACAUGUGGCCAGCUGCUGCUGCUACGCUACGAGGGUUACCAGGACGACCGGCGUGCCGAUUUCUGGUGUGACAUCAUGACGGCAGAUCUCCACCCACUGGGCUGGAGCCGCCAGCAUGGGAAGACCAUGAGGGCCCCUGAGGGUGUGCGUGAGAAGCAUCAGGACUGGGAGGCUGUUCUGGAGAAGGCCCUGGCAGAGGAGUGCAGCGCGCCUGCCAACCUGCUGGAAUUGCCGCAGCGUGGUAGAGACCCGGUGGAGCUCCUGACUGCUGGCUGCUACGUGGAGCUGCAGGACGAUGUGGACCCAGAGCUGGCCUGGGCUGCUGAAGUGGAGGAGAACGUUGGAGGAAGGUUGAAGCUGCGUCUUGUAGGCACAGAGGGCCUCCCGGACAAACCAGCAACCCUUUGGCUUUUUUACCUCCACCCACGCCUCCACCCACCAGGCUGGGCUGAAGAACAUGGCUGCACCCUCAGGCCUCCCUCAGGUCUGAUGGCGCUGCGGUCAGAGGAAGAAUGGGAGGAGGUGAAACAGAGGAUCAAGGACCUGCCUCAGGAUGAAGCUCUAUCUGCAGAGUUCAAUAAGGAUCAGCCUGCCAUCACUGCUCAUUGUUUCAAGGAAGGUAUGAAACUGGAGGCUGUUAACCCUGCUGCUCCUGUUUCCAUCAGGCCUGCCACUGUCACCAAGGUGUUCAAUGAGCAGUACUUCUUGGUGACCAUGGAUGACCUCUGUGGUAUUAAGGAGUCCGAGAGUGAGAGUGCUGGAACGUCGUUUCUGUGCCACAAAGACAGUCCAGGGAUUUUCCCUGCUCAGUGGAGCCUCAAAAAUGGACUUCCUCUCAGCCCCCCACAAGGAUACCAGGGUUCAGACUUUGACUGGGCAGAUUACCUGAAACAGUGUGAGGCAGAGGCGGCUCCUCAACAUUGCUUCCCAGCUGAGCAGUCUGAUCACUGCUUCAAAGAAGCCAUGAAACUGGAGGCUGUGAACCCUCUGUCACCCGAGAACAUUCACGUGGCAACUGUCACCAGGGUCAAAGGGCAGCACAUUUGGGUCAGCCUGGAAGGACUGAAGCAGCAGAUGCCAGAGCUGAUAGUUCAUAUGGACUCACUGGACAUCUUCCCUGUCAGCUGGUGUGAGACGAAUGGUUAUCCACUCCUCUACCCCAUCAAACCCUCAGUGGAAAAAGAGAGGAAGAUUGCAGUGGUUCAACCUGAAAAACAUCGAACUCCACCUAAGUCAUCGUCACCAGAUGCUGUCAAGCAGCAGAUGGCCACUCCGUCAGAGACAGGACAGGGGAAUGGAAAGUACUGCUGUCCUAAAAUCUACUUCAAUCAUCGCUGCUUCUCUGGGCCUUACCUUAACAAGGGACGCAUUGCAGAGCUUCCUCAGUUCAUCGGCCCAGGAAACUGUGUCCUUGUUCUCAAAGAGGUACUGACUCUGCUGAUAAACUCGGCAUACAAACCCAGCCGUGUGCUGAGGGAGCUGCAGCUGGACCAGGAGAGCCGCUGGCAAGGCCAUGGAGAGACACUCAAAGCCAAGUACAAGGGAAAGAGUUACCGUGCCACAGUGGAAAUAGUCCGCACCGCAGACCGUGUGGCAGAUUUUUGCAGGAAAACCUGCAUCAAACUGGAGUGCUGCCCCAAUCUUUUUGGACCUCGUAUGGUUCUGGACCGCUGUUCAGAGAACUGCUCUGUCCUCACCAAGACCAAAUACACAUAUUACUAUGGAAAAAAGAAGAGUAAACGUGUUGGCCGUCCACCUGGUGGUCACUCAAACCUAGAAGGCGGAGUGAAGAGAAGAGGGAGGAAGAGGAAGAGGAGGAAGCAGCUCUUUGUGCAUAAGAAGAGGCGAUCUUCAGCUUCAGUGGACAACACACCAGCAGGAUCUCCCCAGGGCAGUGGAGAGGAAGAAGAUCUGGAUGAAGAUGACUCGCUUAGCGAGGACUCUGGCUCUGAGCUGCAGGACGAUCUCCAGGAUGAUUCUGAGCAAUCGUUCGGGAAGUCUCAGCCCACAACUCCAUCCCCCUCCCCUCCAGCAACACCCAGGCCCACUCGUCGACGUCGCAAACCUCGCUCACCCUCAUUUUCUGAUGAUGAGAACAGACCUCCGUCACCAAAGACCUCAAAGACUGAGCCCCCUCAGAAGUUGUGUUUGGACACCAGCCCCCUGGAGUGGAGCGUUACUGAUGUGGUUCGCUUCAUCAGGACCACCGACUGUGCGCCUCUUGCACGGAUUUUCUUGGAUCAAGAGAUUGACGGACAGGCUCUGCUACUGCUGAACCUCCCUACAGUGCAGGAGUGCAUGGACCUGAAGCUGGGACCAGCCAUCAAGCUCUGCCACCACAUUGAGAGAGUUAAGCUGGCAUUUUAUCAACAGUUUGCCACGUAGCUGAUGAGGAAGUAACACGAACUAGACCACAUCCUGCACUGUUUAUCAAUCCUGUGAAAAACAAUGCAUUUUCCCCGAUUGUCUUUUCCAACACUGGAGCUCCUUAAGAAUCGUGCAUACACCACAUCAUGUUGGGGAAGAAAAGACUAUUUCUCAAUUUGAAAGUUAACAAAGAAAACAGAAGACCUACACCGGAACAAACAGUUCUGGUGGCCUUCAAAAAGGUACAAGAGUGGACUGACAGGCAAAACAAUUCCUGAUUUAAUGCAACGUACAUAGUGCGCUACAUUAACUCCAGCACGUUUUAAAGAACAGAAUUAAGGAACAAAAGCUUCCAUCACGGCCUUGCUUUCAGUUGAAACAUUUUGGUUUCUGACAUGGGUGUAAAAGAAAAAAAAGGGUAUUUUUAAUUAUUUAUGGCCACUGGGUGUUUUGGAUAAAUCUCAUUUUUCUAAUAGGAUAAUUAUUAUCCUGUUUCUUUAUGGGGAAAGUAACUAAGCAUCAGUUCUAAACUUCAUCAUAAUAUUCCGUCUUUAUCAUUUUCAGCCUGCACUGCUGUCUUUAAUAAUUAAUACAUCUAAACAGAUUUUAUCAUCAUAUUGAGACGUAUAAAAUUUGAUAGCUUGCAAACAUUUGCUUUAUCUUCUACAGUCGAAACUGAAACAGUCUUGCAUAAAAAUUUGUUUUUUUUUCACCCAAAAACAUUUCCCCAGUUGUAGUGCGGACGAGGAUACACACAGUGUAUAAGAACUAACCUUAAGUGAAGCACUUAAAAACAUUAUUUUACAGUAUUGAAUUCACUGUACAAGCUCAAAGAUACAUGUGCAGGACUUAACAGAUGAGGAGUAAUCAUCUUAUAGAUUUCUUAGAUAAAAGACAGUCAAUUCUGUUCUUAAACAACACCAAAACGAAAAGUGAAAACUGUUAUUUGUAACAUGCAUUUUAAAUGACCAUUUCAAUUGAGUUUAUGCAGUUUCUUUUAACCCUGGAGUUAUAUUAAACUUGAUAAACUGUUAAGAUAUUCUAGGAGUCAUAGAGAGUUGUUGCAUGCAAAGAAAUUUUAAUUUGAACGCUUGAUGUGUACACUGUAGUCCUACCAUUUCCAAAAAUUAUCCUGCUGAAUUAAGGUACAGUUUCAUGAACAAAAUACUUAGGGGGCCAUUUUCUGAAAAGAUCAAGUUUCUAUCUUGUCCAAGCUUCUACCACAUGUAAGAGCUGUUUACAGUUUAUGAUUAUUCUGUAGGAAAGCACAAGAAAACCAUGUACUUUAUGGUUUUAUGCAAAUGACUGUGCAUGUUUGUAUAUAGUGUAUAUAAUCCAGUGUCUUCAAGUGCAACAGGGUGAUCAGAAAAAAUAUUGAGCAAUUAACUUUCAGCAUAAGCAAUGUGUAAAUCUUAAAUAUACAGUAUAUUUGCACAAAAUAGACCUAAACUAUUCCAUAAUAUUUGUCAUAUGUAUAGUUUGAGCAAAUUCAGCUGCAGUAGAUUACUUGGGACAUUUCUUAUCAUUUGAUAGUUAUUUUUAACAUUUAUCAUAAUAAUAAAUCACAGUUUAAAACAAAAUUUUCUCUGAAUGUUUUUUUCCCUGUAAAGCAGUCUUUUCUCCUUUUGUUUACCAGUUCCUGUAACUUAAGUGUGAUUUUCUGUGUUGUGCUUUAUUUUGUGAGUAAAACCUCCAUGUUUGUUUGUAAGCUCAUAUGCUUGUGAUUCCUGCUGUACUCAAAGCAAUGGAAAAGCUUUUUUAUUUCAUAUUUGUUGGUCAUAACAGCUAUUGAAACAAAGAAUUCAAAUUAAAACUUUGAACAAUU